AUUGAUCACAGCCUAGGUCUAUGCCAGACAGUUAAUCCUUUAAUUUAAUUAAGGUGUUUAAGGACGUUGUAGCUGUGUCAAAACACGGCCCUAUUUUCUGUCAGCAAGUUUUAUUUUGUAUUUGAAGUGUGAAAUGCACAGCGCGAGGCCAAGAAGUUGUGGAAGCCAUGUGGAUGGUCCUGAAAAGUGAGAGUGAACAUUCGCACGGAUUAUUCUCUUACUCUGAAUUUCCAUUUGUAUUCAUCAUGGUGUGAUAUGCGAAACAAUGCUUAAAGUAGAUUACAUGCCUCAAUCAUUAAUAGCUGAGGGAGACGUCACUUUAUUUUUGAAUCGUUAUCCCCGGGAAAAGUGCGCUCUACUUCGAAAUAAUAUGCAGAAUUUGGUGACCCAUCUUUCACGAUGUCAAUUUCAAGGCUGGAUGAGGGUUAUCGAUAUGAAGAGCUCAUCAACUAACUGGAUAUCCUGCGGCCAGCCUUUCACUGAGCCUGUCAUAUGGAAGCCAAAGUUCUGCAUAGUUACCGACUGUCAGCUACUCCUAUUGGACAAACAAGAGAUCCACCCACUGCUGCUGCAGGAGCGCCGGGCCGAGUCGUGCACGGUGUGGCUACUACGUCAUACCCUCACUGUGCCCAGAGACUGCCACACCCUUGGAGACAAAACAGCCCUGGCCACAGACAACAAACUCCCUCCUGAGAGGGUGGGUCGCAGGCGCAGCAUGCCAGGCAGCGCUCUGGACAAAACCCCCUCCAUGGAGCCGGCCACCUCUACCCCAUUCAAAGUCACGGGCUUCCUGAGCCGCCGACUAAAGGGCUCCAUCAAACGCACCAAAAGCCAACCCAAGCUGGACCGCAACAGCAGCUUCAGAAACAUCCUGCCGGGCUUCAAGACCACAGACAAUGACAGAUCCCAUCUGAUGCCGAGGCUGAAGGAAUCGCGGUCUCACGAGUCGUUGCUCAGCCCCAGCAGUGCAGUAGAAGCUUUAGAUCUCAGCAUGGAGGAUGAGGUGUUGAUCAAACCGGUGCACGGCAGCAUCCUGGGCCAGGACUACUGCUUCGAGGUAACUACUUCCACUGGAACCAAAUGCUUUUCGUGUCGGUCAUCUGCCGAGAGGGACAAAUGGAUGGAAAACUUAAGGAGAGCUGUACAUCCUAACAAAGACAACAGUCGGCGUGUGGAGAACCUUCUAAAAUUGUGGAUUAUUGAGGCCAAGGACCUUCCAGCCAAGAAAAGGUAUUUCUGUGAGUUGUGUCUGGACGACACGCUUUACGCACGGACUACCUGCAAAUUCAAAAUGGACAAUGUAUUCUGGGGAGAGCACUUUGAGUUCAACAACUUACCUUCCGUCAAAAGUGUCACUGUCCACCUGUACAAGGAGUCGGACAAAAAGAAAAAGAAGGACAAGAACAACUAUGUGGGCCUGGUCAACAUUCCCGUCGGUGCCGUCACGGGACGCCAGUUUGUGGAGAAGUGGUAUUCUGUGAGCACGCCCAACCCGAACAAAGGGAAAACUCCCGGACCUAUGAUUCGACUCAAGUCGCGGUACCAGAGCAUGAGUAUCCUGCCCAUGGAGUCAUAUAAGGAGUUUGCAGAGUACAUCACCAAUAACUACAUGCUGCUGUGCUCCAUCCUGGAGCCUGGCCUUAGUGUGAAGAACAAGGAGGAGAUGGCCAGUGCCCUGGUUCACAUCCUACAGAGCACCGGCAAGGCUAAGGACUUCCUGACUGACCUGAUGAUGUCAGAAGUGGAUCGCUGUGGGGAGAACGAGCACCUGAUCUUCAGGGAGAACACACUGGCCACCAAAGCCAUUGAGGAGUACCUUAAACUGGUGGGGCAGAAGUACCUGCAGGACGCACUGGGAGAGUUCAUCAAAGCCCUGUACGAGUCAGAUGAGAACUGCGAGGUGGACCCAGGGAAGUGUUCCUCAGUAGACCUCCCUGAGAACCAGAGCAACCUGAAGAUGUGCUGUGAGCUGGCCUUCUGCAAGAUCAUCGACUCCUACCGUGUUUUUCCGCGGGAACUGAAGGAGGUGUUUGCCUCGUGGAGGCAGCAGUGCAGCAGUCGGGGCCGGCCGGACAUCAGCGAGCGUCUGAUCAGUGCCUCUCUGUUCCUGCGCUUCCUGUGUCCAGCCGUUAUGUCCCCGUCACUUUUCAACCUGAUGCAGGAGUAUCCCGACGACCGCACCGCUCGCACCCUCACGCUCAUCGCUAAGGUCACGCAGAACCUCGCCAACUUCACCAAGUUUGGUAACAAGGAGGAGUACAUGUCCUUUAUGAACCACUUCCUGGAGCACGAAUGGACCAACAUGCAACGCUUCCUGCUGGAGAUCUCCAACCCAGAGACCAUCUCCAACACGGCAGGGUUCGAGGGUUACAUCGACCUGGGCCGCGAGCUCUCAUCCCUGCAUUCCCUGCUGGCCGAGGACGUCUCUCAGCUGGAUCAGAGCACAGCCUCUAAGCUGGGUCCCCUGGCCCGUAUAUUGCGGGACGUGAACUCUGCGCUGACCAACCCAUCUGGGGUCCAGGUGUCCACCCCGACUGAUGGCAUGGGCUCUCCCCCCCUCCCCCUCCCAUUGGCAAGCUGUAGCCUCUCCACCGGCCUACCUCUUCACAAGAUAGUCGUGGACAGCGAGCUCUCUGGGUUGGUGGAUUUUACGAGGCUGCCAUCGCCAACCCCAGAGAACAAGGAUAUAUUCUUUGUGACGAGGAACUCUGGCAUCCAACAGUCUCCAGCCAGAAGCUCCAGCUACUCGGAGGCCAACGAGGCUGAGGUGCAGCUCCCCAACAGCAGCAAGAGUCUGUCCAUGGUGGACCUGCAGGACAGCCGCAGCCUGGAGAGUACCCCUGGCCCCAGCCCUGGCUCCCCCAGCGACAUGCUCUUCAAUGACAGCCAGUCCCCAGUCACCCCUGUGCCUGGGGGUUGGGCCGCCCGCACCCCGCAGGGCAUCAUCCACCCCGGCCCCGGACCCACUCUAAGGAGGACAGGUCAGACCCCUACCACCCCCAGCACAGAGAGCAGCACCCCAGGGAGGCCCACCCAGCUCCUGGCCCCGCUCUCCUUCCAGAACCCUGUUUACCAGAUGGCCACGGGGAUGACCAUGAGCGUGUCCCCGCGGGGUCCCCUGGCUGACUCGGGCUCUGAUGGCCACAGCUCCGUCAGCUCUCAGGGCAACAACACAGAGGACACCCCCAAGCAUCCGGGGGUCUUCCUCACCCAGGGGGUGGCGGUCAGUAGUGGAGGAGGCAGCAGCAGUGAGUUUACCACCCGCCGCCAGCUGUCACUCGGGGAGCACCAGCCCAACGUGCCGCGGCAGAACAGCGCCGGCCCUCAGCGAAGGCUAGACCAGCCCCCUCCGCCCGUCACCAGGGGCAGGACACCACCCAACAUGCUCCAGACAGCCUACCCCGGUCCGCGGCCCUCCAGUGGCAGCAUGAUGUCAUCAUCCCCCGACUGGGGGCCCAGUGGCGGCAACCGUCUGAGACAGCAGUCGUCUUCGUCUAAAGGGGACAGUCCUGAGACCAAGCAGCGCACCAUUCACAAAGCGUCCUCCCCUGUGAACCCCAAUGCCCUGGAUCGUACUGCUGCCUGGCUGUUGAAUAUGAAUGUCCAGUAUUUAGACCAUGAGGGAGUUGACCCAGAUACCAAGCACAGGGAAGACCUCAGAAACAAAGAGGAGCUCACCCAGACUGAAAAGUACCAGCAGGAAAUAGCCAUCCUGCAGGACAGGCUGUGUCAGUCAGCCAAGAAGCUGGAGGAGUAUGAGUGUCACCUGAAGGGCCAGGACGAGCAGACCCAGACGAUGCUGCUGGAGUACCAGGCGCGCCUGGAGGACACAGAGGAGCGUCUGAGUCGGCAGCAGGACGACAAGGAGCUCCAGAUGAAGAGCAUCAUCACGAGGCUGAUGUCAGUUGAGGAGGAACUGAAAAAAGAUCAUUCAGAUAUGCAGUCGAUAGUGGACUCUAAACAGAAGAUCAUUGAAGCCCAGGAGAAACGCAUCGCCUCUCUAGACGCGGCCAACGCCCGCCUGAUGAGCGCUCUGACCCAGCUGAAGGAGCGCUACAGCAUGCAGACCCGUAACGGCAUCUCCCCCACCAAGCUCCAGAUCACGGAGAACGGAGAGUUCAGGAACAGCAGCAACUGCUAGGGAGGGGAGAGGGGGCUAAUCCCAUCUCAAUGACUCUUGGGCUGGGGGAGGGAGGAGGAACUACCAACACCCAGCCACUCUCCAGAGAAAUACAUUUAUACUGUCCAAAUCCAUUAUUUUCAAUGGAUGUGGUCAGGAUCACAGAAAGAUUCAAUCAAAUGUAUUUAUAAAGCCCUCCUUACAUCAGCUGAUGUAACAAAGUGCUGUACAGAACCCCAGCCUAAAACCCCAAACAGCAAGCAAUGCAGGUUUAGAAGCACAGUGGCUAGGAAGAAACCUAGAGAGGAACUAGGCUAGGAGGGGUGGCCAGUCCCCUUCUGGCUGUGCCGGGUGGAGAUUAUAACAGAACAUGGCCAAGAUGUUCAAACGUUCAUAGAUGACCAGCAGGGUCAGAUAAGAAAUAAUCACAGUGGUUGUAGAGGGUGCAACAGGUUAGCACCUCAGGAGUAAAUGUUGGCUUUUCAUAGCCGAUCAUUCAGAGUAUCUCUACCGCACCUGCUGUCUCUAGAGAGUUGAAAACAGCAGGUCUGGGACAAUGUAGCACAUCCGGUGAACAGGUCAGGGUUCCAUAGCCGAGGCAGAACAGUUGAAACUGAAGCAGCAGCACGACCAGGUGGACUGGGGACAGCAAGGAGUCAUCAUGCCAGGUAGUCCUGAGGCAUGGUCCUAGGGCUCAGGUCCUCCGAGAGAGAGAGAAUUAGAGGGAGCAUAUGAGCAUACAUAAAUUCACACAGAACACCAGAUAAGACAGGAGAAAUACUCCAGAUAUAACAGACUGACCCUAGCCCUCCGACACAAACUAUUGCAGCAUAAAUACUGGAGGCUGAGACAGGAGGGGUCGGGAGACACAUUGGCCCUGUCCGACGAUGCCCCCGGACACGGCCAAACAGGCCGGAUAUAACCCCACCCACUUUGCCAAAGCACAGGCCCCACACCAGUAGAAGGAUAUCUUCAACCACCAAUUUACUAUCCUGAGACAACGCAGAGUAUAGCCCACAAAGAUCGGCACGAACCCGGGGGGGCGCCAACCCGGACAGGAAGACCCCGUCAGUGACUCAACCCACUCAAGUGACGCACCCGUCCUAGGGACGGCAUGGAAGAGCACCAGUAAGUCAGUGACUCAGCACCCGUAAUAGGGUUUGAGGCGAGGCAGAGAAUCCCAGUGGGAGAGGGGAACCGGCCAGGCAGAGACCGCAAGGGCGGUUUGUUGCUCCUGUGCCUUUCCGUUCACCUUCACACUCCUGGGCCAGACGACACUCAAUCAUAGGACCUACUGAAGAGAUGAGUCUUAAUUAGGUUGAGACCGAGUCUGCAUCUCUCACAUGGAUAGGCAGAACAUUCCAGAUUGACUUUAGAGAAAGCUAUAACGUCAACACCUGGCUGCAAGACAUCCUAAACUCGCUAUCCUAGUACAUAAAACAACAGUUGUGCUGUUAUCUUAGAGCCUGUUUUGAAGUGAUUUGAACAAUUAUAAGCUUUAAUGUUUCUGGUUUCUCAUCUACACUUAUAAUUUCCAGUCACUGUGUUUAUAUAGCACCUGGUGCUAAAAGAGGACACUCGUUUAUGGACCCUAUGUUUUCAGAGUUUAGUAAACAGAGUAAGUACGUCAUACUCACAGCCAAGCUGUAUCUUCCAGCAAUAGUAUAGUACAUUGUAGCAUCAAUAUUUGAUUUUACUCAAUGGCUGUUUUUUUAUCCCAGUGUUUUGUUUUGUUUUACUUCAAAAGCAUACAGUAUAUGUUGCCAAGUGAACAACUCUAUCAGUGAAAGCCUCCUCAUGUUGACAAGCUUUUGAAAGCACGUCCCAAUAGAAAGUGUUUCUAUAUUCUUCCUGUAUAUUUUACGUAUACUCUGCUGUUCUUACCUCAUCAGGACGACAGUAGCACAACAAACGUGCUGUGUUUUAAAUUGCUAAUGGUAAAGAAAGAGCUCAGCUAUAUCAUUUUUUGCAUACUUUGUAUAUGCUUAAAUAUUAGUAUAUUUAGAGGUUUACGUACCUCGUAGAUGUAUAUAAAAUGUUCACAGUAUUUAUAUUGAUUGUCUGGAAGGGGAAUAGUAUUUUGUACUGUAUAUGUUCAUUGUGUUAAACUCGGCUGUGCUAAUAUUGCAAGACAAUAGUAAGAGUUUGAUUGUAAUUGUAUGUCUACUUCAGUAGACAGUUCACACAUCGUUUCCCCCAUUAUCCCCUUUUCAUAUGUGGGUUCUUUGUUAAAAAUGAACAAUUUAUUGAUGCUAUUAUAUAAUAUUGAUAAACAUAGUUGACUGUUUUGUCCUCUGCGUAUCUAAAUUGUUAUGUGUAGGCCAAACCUUCACUGUUUGCAGUUUGACAGUGCUGAAUAGAAUAGGACUGAACUCAAAUACCUGGCCACUCCUCUGCCCACUCCUCUGGCCACUCCUCUGGCCACUCCCCUACCCUUGCGCUUCUGGAAGAGUCAUUUCACUAACGGCCCUACACAAACACUCCUUCUUUUAGAAUACCUUCUAUCCAAAGUGAGUGAUGAACGUCUCUUCCGGGCAGUACAUCCACAUGGGGUUUUAGGCUGUAACUGAGGUAUAAACCAGAUUCAUUGUCAGUUCAAGUUCCCUCUAGUGUUGAUUGAAGCUAUGAACAUGGAGUGGACUUAAGGCCUUUUUUGUAGUCUUAUUUAAGAUGCAGGUAGCUAACUUUAGCAACCUUCAAAGGUGGUCUCAACAAGUGUCUUUGCAUGACUUCUCAAUUCUGACUUCUGCUAAUUCUCAUCUGAAAACACCAGUGGUCUGCUUUCAGGAAAUUAGUCCCCUGAAUUACUGUGUUGACCUGUGUUUUGGUCUGUGGAAAUGUUAAGCUUAAACAUAAUUAGAUUUUUUUUAUCAACUAGACUAUUGUUAAAGUACGUUAUGUUUUAUUUAAAAAAUGUAAAUUUAUGUGUAAAAUGGUAUUUAUGUUAUGCUAUAAAUUAUGUUUGUUUCAAUCAGUUCAACAUUAUUUAUUGAAUAUCUUUGUUUAUUGUUUUAAUAAAAUGCUGAAUAGUAUUUGUCAGAGUAUGAUGGAUUGUGUUGAAGCUGCAGUUAUAGAACAUCUGCAUUCUGAUAGCAAUGUGCUGCAGGUAUAGAACAUCUGCAUUCUGAUAGCAAUGUGCUGCAGGUAUAGAACAUCUGCAUUCUGAUAGCAAUAUGCUGCAGUUAUAGAACAUCUGCAUUCUGAUAGCAAUGUGCUGCAGGUAUAGAACAUCUGCAUUCUGAUAGCAAUGUGCUGCAGGUAUAGAACAUCUGCAUUCUGAUAGCAAUGUGCUGCAGGUAUAGAACAUCUGCAUUCUGAUAGCAAUGUGCUGCAGGUAUAGAACAUCUGCAUUCUGAUAGCAAUGUGCUGCAGGUAUAGAACAUCUGCAUUCUGAUAGCAAUGUGCUGCAGGUAUAGAACAUCUACAUUCUGAUAGCAAUGUGCUGCAGGUAUAGAACAUCUACAUUCUGAUAGCAAUGUGCUGCAGGUAUAGAACAUCUGCAUUCUGAUAGCAAUGUGCUGCAGGUAUAGAACAUCUGCAUUCUGAUAGCAAUGUGCUGCAGGUAUAGAACAUCUGCAUUCUGAUAGCAAUGUGCUGCAGGUAUAGAACAUCUGCAUUCUGAUAGCAAUGUGCUGCAGGUAUAGAACAUCUACAUUCUGAUAGAAAUGUGCUGCAGGUAUAGAACAUCUGCAUUCUGAUAGCAAUGUGCUGCAGGUAUAGAACAUCUACAUUCUGAUAGCAAUGUGCUGCAGGUAUAGAACAUCUGCAUUCUGAUAGCAAUGUGCUGCAGGUAUAGAACAUCUGCAUUCUGAUAGCAAUGUGCUGCAGGUAUAGAACAUCUGCAUUCUGAUAGAAAUAUGCAUCUAUUUCCCUCAAGUGUUCUUGUUGCACCCAACCUGCACACAGAAUCUCUUUGGAGGAUUUAAAUUGAUUUUCUCUUUCAAAGCGAAAGGUGCGUCCUCCUGCUUUGGUGUUAUUUUAUUGAAAGGAAAUAAUAUAUACUGCACUGCAAUAGAAACCACAGAUCAGUUCACAGUAUAGUGCAUCUUCGUUGUUUCCCAGUUCUUUUAGGGACGUUUUGCCAACCAUUUGCAAGAGAGUGACCAAAACUAUUCUCUUUCCUUUUUCCUUGCCCUAUAUAAUACUGAACAAUAUUUUUGCCAUGUUACUGCAAACUCCUUACUGCAAACAUUUCUAUGAAUGUUAAAAUAAUAAUUUGAUGUGUGUAAAUGGUAACAAGAAUAGGCCUAUCAUCGUAAAAGUAAAAACAUGUAUGUAAUUUAUGUAGAAAUGCAACUACAAUUAAAGAUUUAUUUCGCUAAUUUAA